AUGAAGUCGUUCAACCAAACAUUUUCUACUCGAUCAUUUGAGUCGAGAACGACAACCCGCAUAGGCACAACGAAUAUUGACAACAUCAACUCGAGUACAAAUACUGACAACAUGAGUACAGAUUACAACACUGACCUGAGUACAGAUAACAACACCAUUGACCGGAGUACAGAUAACAACAACACUGACCUGAGUACAGAUAACAACAACACUGACCUGAGUACAGACAACAACAACACUGACCUGAGUACAGACAACAACAACACUGACCUGAGUACAGACAACAACACUGACCUGAGUACAGAUAACAACAACAUUGACCUAAGUACAGAUAACAACAACAUUGACCUGAGUACAGAUAACAACACUGACCUGAGUACAGAUAACAACAACACUGACCUGAGUACAGACAACAACUAUGACCUGAGUACAGAUAACAACAACACUGACCUGAGUACAGAAAACAACAACACUGAUCUGAGUACAGAUAACAACAACAUUGACCUGAGUACAGAUAACAACAGCACUGACCUGAGUACAGACAACAGCAACACUGACCUGAGUACAGAUAACAAAAACACUGACCUUAGUACAGAUAACAACAACAUUGACCUGAGUACAGAUAACAACAACACUGACCUGAGUACAGAUUACAACAACACUGACCCGAGUACAGAUAGCAAUUACACUGACCUGAUAACAGAUAAGGCAAAUAUUGACCUGAAUUUAUAUAACGAAAACAUUUAA